UCGACAGUCAGUCACGAACUCCAGGACCCUCCCAACACCGUGUCUCUGUCCGUUGCCUUGUCCUGCCAAAGGCCAACUGCCCGAUCUCUUCUCCCCCGUUGCGCAGAGCAUGAGCGCGCAGCUUUUUUAAUCUAUACUUCUUCCGUCAUAAUUUAAUGCCCUUUCUUUUUCAUCAUGCUUAGCCGUGCUGUAUUACCUCUAACGAGGCCCAAUGUCCUCGCCUCCACUCUCCGUGUUCCGGCACUUCCUGUCACCCACUCGCGAUUCUAUGCGAAGGUUGGCAAGCCCAAGGCUCCGUAUAACAUUCCCGAGUCCGUGAAGCCUUCCCAGCCCGAACAGCCGACAAACUCUUCGCAACAAGAACCUUCGCCGGAGCAGGCUCAACCCGAUGCCAACACGGAAUCCCAGAGCUCGAAACAUGUCGAAUCCGAGCCAACGCCUGCCCAAAAGCAAGCACCCCAGAAACCGCUCCCCGAUCUCACGCAGGGAAUUCCCUCCACCCUCGCUGCAGAACUCGAAGCUCGCUCCAAGAACCGUAACCAGUCUCCCUUGAAUCUCACCGAGGCCGAGGACCCCUCGCGCUCCGAAGAAUACACAGACGAUGGACGGGAUGGCGACAUUCCCAAGAGCGGCUACGAGUCUUCUCUCGACCGCCGAAGGGCUCGUAUGGCCAACCUGAUGUAUGUCCUCUUCCUGCUUGCAGGUGCUGGAGGAGGUGCCUAUCUGGGACGGAACUGGGAUACCGAAGAAGAGGAGAAGGCUCACCCGGACGUCCCUUCGGGCUGGGGCUUUGGACUCUGGUACAACCGCAUCAAGGCCCGCUACAGCGACAUCACAAGCUACUACAAGGACCCUGCGUUCCCUUCGCUCCUUCCCGACGAGGAUCCCAUGAUGCGCCAGCCCUACACCUUGGUUCUGAGUCUGGAAGACUUGCUUGUGCACAGUGAAUGGAGCCGCGAGCAUGGAUGGCGUGUUGCCAAGCGACCUGGUGUCGACUACUUCCUUCGCUACCUCAACCAGUACUAUGAACUCGUCCUCUUCACUAGUGUGCCGAGCAUGAUGGCAGACCAGGUGCUUCGCAAACUUGAUCCCUACCGCAUCAUCCGUUGGCCUCUGUUCCGUGAAGCUACCCGGUACAAGGAUGGCGAGUACAUCAAGGAUCUUUCCUACCUGAACCGUGAUCUGUCCAAGGUGAUCCUGAUCGACACCAAGGAGGAGCACGCUCGUUUGCAGCCCGAGAACGCCAUCGUUCUCGACAAGUGGCAUGGUGACCCCAAGGAUAAGACCUUGGUUGCUCUGAUCCCGUUCCUCGAGUACCUUGCCGGUAUGGGCGUCGAUGAUGUUCGUCCUGUCAUGAAGUCCUUCGAUGGCACCUCCAUCCCCAUCGAGUUCGCCAAGCGUGAGAAGGCCAUGCGUGAGCGAUUCGAGAAGGAACUCGCCGAAGAGCAGAAGAAGAAGCCCAAGGUCGGAAUGGGUAACCUGGCUUCUGCCCUCGGACUCAAGUCCACCCGUACCCUUGACGGCGAGCAGUCUCCCUCCGAGGGUCUGGCCCAGGGUAAGAUGCUUUGGGACCAGAUCCGUGAGCGGGGACAGAAGAACUACCAGAUGAUCGAGGCCGAGAUCCGCAUGAACGGCGAGAAGUGGCUGGCUGAGAUGGCUGCCGAAGAAGAGAAGGCCCGACAGGAGCAGAUGGACGCAAUGAAGGGCUCCUUCACCGGCAUGUUCGGUGCUGGUAAGAAGGAGUAAAUUCGUUCUUGAUCCGUUUACGACGCUUUAUAGAAACCCUCUCCUCCUUGUCUCCUUUUCAUCAUCAUGCGCGUCCGCGGUUCUCAUUUUCUUUUUCAGUGGUGGGGUUACGAUUAGAAGGAUUGUUUGGCUCCUGAGCGUCAUGGGUGACUGUAAAAUAGCAUUUAUUGGUUCUUCGUUGGUUCUGUACAAAUUGAAAUAUAGUUUAAUGUCUUCGAACGGGUCGGUUGGAAUGAAGGUCGUAGGCGUGGGUCGUUAUGUUGCUCUGAAUGUUGCUCUGAAUGUUGCUCUGAAUGUUGCUGAAUCUUGUUCUGAAUUUUGCUCUGAUAAAACAAUGAACCG